GUUUCUCUUUUCAUUUCCUUUUCAGAUUCAAAACCCUAAACCUACUACUUCUGCAAAUUUAAAUUAAAACCCACAUAUUAUUAUAUUAUUCUUCUUCUUCUUCCUCCCUUCUUCUUUCUCAUCCCUCCGCCCCUUCCUCUUUCUCAGCCUUCUUCCUCUGCAUCGAUGAAUGGGUUUGCUCAGCAGGCAGAGAGCAUGAGUGAAAGGAUGGCGAAGACUUUCAUGAGCAGGUUCGAGCCGGGUAAGGUUCUGUUGUGUUCGAUCGGUGUUCACGUCAGUUCUCACAUCAACUCAGACGAACCUGUUCUACGCCCACUCAACCAUGUCGUUUGGAGCCAUGAGCAACGUGAGGAAAGACCUCAUCCAUGGAUUCCCCCAAAAACGAUCUUUGAUUCCCUCGAAGAAAACGGAGAUCUGGGUUUGAGAAAACUCAGAUCUGGGUUUUCUCAAGCCCAGAUCUGGGUUCUCUCAACCCAGCUUCAACACCAGCUGCACCUUCCUUUUGGCUCUCACUGUGCACUCGCUCUUGCUCAAAACAGUGCUUUUGCUGCGAAGGAGAAGUAAGGAAGAGAAGGAUCGAGCAAAGCUUGUGUUGUUUUGGUGCUUUUUAUUCGACCUACUUUUGCAGUUGCCAAGAGCAUUGGUUCACAUGGGAGUAGGAACAGAGGAGAAAAUGGAGAGGAGCACGCCGGUGAGGAAGCCACACACAUCAACUGCAGCAACCACCUGCAAAUGUGAGCUUAUCUAGUGGAGGUGAUAUUGGUUCUCAACAACCUUCUGCUUGAGGGGCAAAGUGAUCUCCUCCAGUUUUCCUCCUGUAAAUCUGGUAGGCAUCGAGGAAAUAGCAUUACGUACUUUUUGCACCGAUCGCUUUGUGCAGUUUUGGCCUUUUUUCCUUUUUUUUUUUUUUUUUUUGUGUGUUUCUUUUUGUGUGUGUGUGUGUGUGCAAUGCCACCUUCAUGCAGGAUCUGUUGUACAAGAAAAUUUUGAGGUUUUU